AUGUCGGACAACGAGGAUUUACUCGGCGAUGAUUUAGGUGAUCACAGUUUCGCCGACUAUAACCUCGGCAACGAAGAAGAAGAAAAACUUUUGGCUGAUGAUGAUGGCCCUUCUCAAAAUGUUCCAACUUCUAUUGGAAGUUUCCAUGAAUCUGUCGAUCCAGUACCUACUGAGUUCCCAAGACAAAACGUAGAAUAUAACCUGCCUCUACAAUCAUACACCCAACCGGAGACAGAAUGUGUUGUCCCGAAUAUAACAGUGGAAGUACCAAAUAUUCCUGCAGAACCAUGUUCUUAUACACCCUUCAAUGAGUCAUAUGAAGAACGCACAGUGCCGCCAGCAAUUCCGGCUGCUCCCAUAGAAUCUCCGCAAAUAGUACCGUCAGAAAUGACAGUUCCGAUAGAUGCAGAGAAUAACCGUGAGAUUGUAUCAGAACGGAGUCUCCCUCAACGCUCACCUUUACCCAGGAAUAUACCAGACUCUUUAGAUAAAGUGUUUGUCCCUCGAGCUGGUUUUAACAAGGGAGGUGCACGCUCGUGGAGGAACCCACAAUAUCGACAAAAUCAUCCUUAUAGACGCAAUAAUUAUAGUUUCAGGGGUAAUUUCAAUCAACGACCCUCCUUCCCCCCACCCCAAAUGCGACCCCAAAUUCCCAACCCACAAAUCAGACCUGACUUACCCGAAUUACGACCCGAGUUUACCCCAAUGGGGCCUGAGAUAUCCCCCGAACGCCCAAUUAUACCCCCAGACCAAAUGGAUCGAUUUAAUCAAAGAUUUCCAUACAGAGACGAUUUUAAUCCCAAUAUCCGUCCCAAUUUCGAAAGACCAAUGUUCUUCCAAAGGUCCUACAACCCCAGAUUUACCCCCAAUGACGUAACGUUACCGCAAGUGAUAAGACAACCCUUAGUGUUACCGGCGUUACCAAAAAGGGAACCAGAAGUAAGAAUGUUACCAGUUUUGAACCCGUUACCCACUUUACCCCCCGGCGUUACCGCAAAGAAGGUGUUAAUAAAUCCUCAUUUCAAAGGCACUUUCCAACCUCCUGUUGAAGGGCUACCAACGUACAUUCCUACGAGAAUACAAAAAUCACCGCCACUAAGUCCAACAUUGGAAAGCAAAUUUGGACCCAUAAAGGAUAUAGACGACGCGGCAGAGAGAUUCAUCGCGGAACAAAGGAAUGCUUUGGCUCGAGCCGCAAAUAGAAAAUUACCGAGACGAUCGCCUACAAGAUACAUAGAGAACACCACAAUAGAGAUAGAGAAUGAGUUGGCGCGCGCGCCGCCGCGCCGCAGGAGCGAGGAGGAUGACCUGCUGAGGAGGCAGGAGGAGUUCAUCAACGCCAACAGAGCUGGUCUGAGGAGACGUAUGAGAUCACCCUCACCGGUUCGUAGAUCGCCUUCGCCAAGGAGAAGCCCUGAAAGAAGACCAAGGCCUUUAGAUGAGGAGAGUGAAUACAGAAGGAGAGUUCGUGAGCAGGAAAAUUUGAGGGAGAGAGUUCUCCGGGCUAAGGAAGUGAGGCGAAGGAAGAAUGCUGUGGCCUUGCAAAAGCAUUUGUUAGAUAAGGAGAAGGAAAAAAAUAUGGCACAAACGCAGAAGGAAGAAACAAAGUCCCCCGAACUCAAAGAGAACAAACCGACAAACGUGAAUAUAAACACAGUUGAAGAGCAAGAGAAGCCGGACACAACAAGGAAGACACCAGAGAGGGAAAAGAUAGAGAGAAUGGAGAGAGAGCGAUCGCCAGUGAAAGUGGAGAGUGCAGAAGCAAACUCUACAUGUGAUAAUUUAACGCCGCCACGUGAAAACAUACCCAAAACAUCGCCAGAGAGAAACCUAACACCCCCUCUACCGAAGGAGGACAAACAGAUUGACAGUGAUGACGAUUUAGAUUUAAUAUUAGACGAUAUAGAUGACAUAUUGUCGGAUGACGAUGAUAGUGGACGGUUUAAGGAAAAACCAAAAAAAGUGGAAGAACCACCAAAGAAACAAGUUGAUCUUCGCUCCAAAUUACCACCCAAGGCCGUUGAACCCAAAAAGCCCAAACAGAAAAUUGUAUUCAACGAUCAUAUCGAAGAGAAGAAAAAGAAAGAAAAAUCGCCGAUACGCAGGACUGUACUGGGCACAAAUAAGCAUGUGAACAACGAAAAAACAGAAGCUAACACUGAAAAGAUUUUGCCCAAAGUAGAAGUGACUAACGCCAGUGCUAUAAAGUCCAGACAAAAAAUUAUAUUUGACAAUAAAGAGGUAGAAAAAGAGAAAGACAAAGACAAACUGAAAGCCGAAGACAAAAAAUUCCCCAACCGUCGAGUCAUACUGCAACGUAAAGUCCCGGAAAAAUCGGUAUUCUCCCGAAUAGAAACAACCGAUCCCACCAAACCCAAUCCCGGGAUCUUCAGCCGAGCUGUCCGCACCGCUAUACGAAUCCCGGAGAAAUCCCGGAUUGUGAUAAAGAACGCCCAAAUCGACUAUCAAUCUGAUUCAGACGAUAAUAUAUUGGACCAAGAAGUAGGUUUUGUGGCAGAAGUAACGAAUUUGCCGUUUGGAAUGACUGAUACAAGGAUGAAAACCCUCGCAGGACAAGACGUUCAGAACUUAAUAUUGGAUAAAGAAGAAAGGAGCGCUAAAAUAACCUUCAAAACAACAAUCGCAGCGGAGAAUUUCAAGAAAAAAUUUAACAACAAAAUGGUUGCCGCCAGUCGUUUGACAGUCUGUUUGAAA